AUCGCUCUUCCACACCGCGCGACUUUCCUUUCACUCCUGACGUAGUGAAGUGGGAUCCAAGCGCGCGAGGCUGAGAUAAGAAGCCCCGCCUCCCACUCUAAAUUCAGCUUUUUACUCCCACCGGCGGCAACGAGCCCAAUCAAGCUUUCUUAUUGUCACCCGAAUAGGAGCAUUCUCAACAUGGCAGACCCAGACCAGAACAAAGACAACUUCAUCAGCUCUCUCCGCGUGGUCAUCGAAGCGCACGCUGUUGCCCACGCCGCUAAGGACGAGCUACUCGCUGUGAAAGAUGCCCAAAUUACCGCACUGAAGGAGUCAGCAGAACGCAAGCUACAGCAUAUAGACUACCUCGAGAAAGUACGCCAGACUACGAGUCAAGUCAACGAACAAGAUCUACGUGGCUAUCGCGACAAUGACGACGACAACGACGACGACGAAGACGCCCAUACCAGUGACUACAACGGCAAUAACGUCGACUACUACGAUGGCGACCUGCCAAUCAGCGACUACUACGACUUGUACAAGCCCUCCCGUUAUAACGCCGAACAACAGACGCAGAAAAACAUUAUCGAGACUCAGCUGUCGACCGCAAUGGCGGAGCUAAAGGUUGCAACAAACAUGAAAAAGUUGAGCGAAGUUGAGAUGUCCAACGUCUCCCAUGAGGUCCAAGAAAUAUCAUAUCGCAAGAACAAGCUAGAGAACAGCAUCAAGAAACUAGAGGUGAAGCAGGGGAAUAUCGAGCUGCACGUUGGUAAACUAGAGUUACACGUCAGUAAUCUUGAGACCCAGAAGACGAAGUUGGAGGUGCAUAUCGGGAACAAUCACGAAGACGCAGAAUGGGAACAACGUAUGGGCCGACACCGUACACUACCACGCCACUUCACCGUCUCCAGCUUUCUUGUCGCCUCAAACCCCUCUCCAAGGUCAAACUGUCCCCCAACUGCGAGAUCAAGCCCCUCUUCCCAAUGGUUCGCGUUAUUCUCGCGGUCAUGGCCAAUCUCUUGGAAGGCCGCCCAUGCCGCGCUUCCGCAACAACUGUAUUCGCCGCGGAUGCCGCGAGGUCGGGUGCCAUUUCGUGCAUGCUAAGCAGGUCCAGGCUUAUGGCAACGAGAUCAACAAGCUCCCCAGGUAUAAGAAAGGCAAGAACUAGGAGUCUUGUCCGUUCAGGAUUGGACCGAAGAAA